AUGGCUCGACCGAAAACUCUCCAUCCUGCCACGCUCCCCUUCGACCAACCCCCGCCACAGCUGAACCAAAACGAUGCCUGGGGCCGGACCCCGUUCUAUAUCCUCGCGUGGCGCGUGUGGAACAGCGACCUGAGCAUAUAUCCGAACGAAUUCGUGCCUGUCGACAAGUAUUUUACCAAAGCGUGGUAUACGACCCGUCGGAAGCAUGGGAUCAGCCAACACACGCGACAGCCGUAUGUCCUCUGCUCUAUACGCCCGGAUGAAGAGAGCGACAUUCUGUACUUCAUUGCCGCGACAAACCGCCACAGAUUCGACCUCACGCCCGACUCGCUCGACAUCCGCAUAACGAAGGAGACGCUGCAGGACAUUUAUGAGCCGUACGAGCGCGAGCUGGGCGAGCAGCUAACCGAUCCUAUAUGGUACCGUGUUGGCGCUUUCGAUGAUUCACCGCAAUACAACCGGGAGGGCGGCUUAAACUCGAGCAGAAGCCCGUCCGGGUCAUGUCGCUAA